CACCACCUUUCCCAUAAAUUGGGACCCCCUCUCUUCACUUUUACACACACAAACACAAAUUCCUUCAAUAUCUUCACAUAUUUCAUCCUCUCUACUCUAAUUUUUUGAGUUCUCUUCACAAUGGGCAAAGACAAGAACAGGGCAGGCACCUCCGGAAAAUCCAAGUCCAAAUCCCGGGCUCCAUCCACGACCUCCGAGGAACGCCUCUACUACGGCGAUGGAUCGUACCUCUGGUUCAAUUCCGAGGAGGAGCGCACCCGAUUUCUCACCUUUUUCUCCAAACGGGUUGUGGCUCCCCCACGAAUCAUCCCAGAGCGCUACCCGGAAUUGCAGGGCUACGACGACCUCGACGCGCAGCUUCAUCAAGCCGGCCUUUGGCCGUUCGUCUCCCGGGCGCGCAAGGAGAUCAACCCGGCACUGAUCCGAGCCUUCUACUCCAACCUCCGGCGUGAGGACGACGUGCUCUAUUCGCUCGUCAAGAGCACGCCGAUCGAGCUCACAGUGGAGCAGCUUGGGCGCAUCGCCCGCCUCCCCUUCCAAGGCGACGAUGUGUCUCACUAUGGUGGAGAGGAUUGGGUGCUCAACAACGAGGGCCUUAUCCUCAACGAGCUUGGCAUCACCGAGCUCAAACGCCAUGCCUCGGGACGCCUAACCAUCCACUCCGCCAACCCCGACGGCCGCCUCGUUCUCUACAUCGUCACCCGAAUCAUCAAACCGAGGAAGCACGGCCACACCAUCAUGCACGGUGAAGACCUCAAGCGUAUCCAUGCGAUCAUGCAUUCGGCCCCAAUCAAUUGGGCAAAGUUUGUCAUGAUCAACAUGACGAUUGCCGCGUCCACCGAGCACGACCACCUCCUCCCGUACCCGUUUUUGGUGAUGGACAUCCUUGAACGGUUCAAGGCCCGGGCCAACCUCGCCUCCAUCGCCGACUCCCUCAACCAGCUCCACCUCAAGGUUGACGGGAUGGGGAGCUACCUUGAACGGCUCGACGUGGCUGUUCAACGCCAAGGAUACGCGAUGAACUCGUACUUCCAAGGCAUCAACUACGUCCCCCCACCGUACCACGGCACGUUCUUUGGGCAAGUGUACGGUGACGAAGACGAAGCCGAUGACUCCUACGCCCCGUCAAGCUCCCCGGAUGAAGACGAGUUCGACGAUGCCAUCGAUGGGGAUGAGAUGGACGUCGACAACGACGAGGAGGAAACCGAAGACGAAGACUAGGACUCCCCUAGAAUUUCUAUCUCUUUUACUUUAAUUAUCCUGUUCUUUUUUAAUGCUUCCGUUGUAAUC